AUGAACUUGGUCUUGCCAACUCGACUAAUUGAUGUUGGCAAUAUCGACGACAAUAUGGUGAGACUGGUGGAUGUCAAGAAGUGCUCAGACGGACACGAAUUCACUUACCUCAUUCUCUCCUAUUGUUGGGGAACUGGCAAUGAAACAUCGAAGACUACAGAAGUUAAACUUGAAGCACGACUGGAGGGCUUCGAGGUGUCGGAACUUGCCAAAACUAUUCAAGACGCUAUCCUUUUGACACGAACGAUGGGAUAUCGCUACCUCUGGGUCGACGCAAUCUGCAUCAUUCAGGGAUCACGUGGCGACUUUCAGUCAGAGUCGUCGAGAAUGGGAGAUUACUACUCAAAUGCUGAAUGCUGCAUAUCUGCAUCAGCAGCGAGCGAUAGUUCAGAGGGAUUUCUUAGGCCACGCCCUAUAGUAAGAUAUCCCACAGAGACCUUUGCCCUCAGGAUUGCGAACGACUCCGGGGAUGGUCCUAAACAUUUCGUAUUCAGAGACAACAAUAAUAGCCCAAUCUUCAUAAAAGCUUUGCUUGACUCGUCCUUGACUCAACGCGGAUGGUGCUUGCAAGAGACGGCGCUGUCGAAGCGAAUACUACAUUGGACUUUGCAAGGACUUUACCUCGAAUGCUCAAAUUCUCUUUUCCUUGAGGGUUCAAAGAUCCCGUGGGAUAGAUCCUGGGAUAACGAAGCCAUGCCUCGAACGAUCCUGGCUAGACCGAACAAUGAUCAUUUGGUCACACACGGAUGGUGUCAACUUGUUUCUAUUUUCUCUGAAACAGAUCUGACGUAUGAGACCGAUCGCCUAUACGCCAUUCAUGGUAUUGCAUCCCUAUUGGUUGAGCGACUGAAGAUCGAAUACUUCAACGGACACUUCCGAUUUGGGCUGGCCCAUGGUCUGCUAUGGUAUCACGGAAACACCAAACACUCAAGUUUCCACUACAUGAGAGAUGAGAAGCCCGUGGAAGUCAGUCUUCCGUCGUGGUGCUGGGCGUUUGCGUGUCCAGUUCAACAUGAGAGGAUCCGCCAGAAGCCAAUCUUCAUCCAUGAUGAUCACCCAAAACGACUUCGACAGUGGCCCACUCGUCCUGGAGACACAAGUACAGUAGUGAGCCCCGUAUCUAAGUUAUACAUCAGAGCCCCUAUCAUCCAACUUGUCAUCGGGAGAAAAGACCUUGGGUACAUGGUAGAUGAGUCUUCGGGUCAGCAAGUUAAUUUCGAGUGUUCGUUUUUUUUGGAUCGAGAGCGCGACGUGUUGAAAAAGAUGUUUCACCAUGGAAUGGGAGAAGAAGAAAGUGUGCUGUGGAUGCCUGUAGGCAAGCAAUUGCAUCAUGAUACCAACGCAGUGGUGGGCCUAUUGAUAUACGAGGUGUCAGGCGAAGACAAAGGAACAUACCGCCGAUGUGGGGUAUUGACUUAUGUUGAUUUUGCAAAUGAAGAGCUCCUCAUGGAUCUCAAGGAAAUAACCUUAGUGUAA